GACUGACAGAAGUAGCUUAUAGGCCAUUCACAACAAGUGCCACAGCAAUGCAUCUUAGCAAGCAAAUAGGUUAAAAGCAAAAACCAAAGACAAGAAAGUGAGAUAAAUUGAAAUAAAGUCCAGCUGACGAACUAUGGAGGAGGACAUCAGGAGAAAUGGGAAGCUUUACCUCCACCAGAAGCGCUUCGGAAAGAGGUGGAGGAAGGUGUGGUGCGUGUUGGUGGCGGAGGGCAGGCGCAGUGUGGCGCGGCUGGAGCUCUACGAGCACAAACAUAUGUCCGUUAAGGAAGGAUCUAGCAGACGCAAACCCGACUACAAACAGGUGAUCAGGCUGAGAGAAUGUAUCAGGAUAUCAGAAAAAGAGAUGGACGACUGCCCCAAAGACUGUGCCACUUUCUUGCUGGAAACCACAGACAAACUGUACGUGUUUGCAGCCCACCAACCAGAAGCAGAGGAGUGGAUCAAGUGCCUCUGCGAGCAGGCGUUCCCAGACACACAGAUUGAGCAAAGAUUACAAAGACAGAGUGGGAACCUCUCUGAACCUGUGAGCGGUUACAGAGAAAUGCAGGAAAACUCCCUCUAUGACACAGCAGACAGUGUUCGAGAGUUUGUGGUCAUAGCAGUGGGUACAGAGGCUGCUGUUCGUUGCAAUCUUUAUGGAAAAUAUAUUCUGACAGCCCAGCCUGCCUGUUUACUUCUGAAGGACUCCAACACAAAGAAAGUGCUCCUUAAAUGGCCGUACUGCUACGUCAGAAAGUUUGGUCAAGACACGCUGUCUUUCUCUUUUGAAGCGGGCCGCAGAUGCGAGUCCGGUGAGGGGAAUUUUGAGUUUGCGACCCAUCAGGGAGAACAGAUAUUUUGCAUUGUCAGCGAAGCCAUCCAGCAUCUCCCCAAAACCUCAGCAGCAAAACAGAGCGGCAGCACCCAUGAGGUCCAAAGCACAGAAAUCACUGAUAGAAUAUAUGAUGACAUCAAUCCGUCAGAUCGUUCUUGUCCAUCACAGCAACUGGUUCAGCAUCCAUCGAAAAAGCUCAGCGCUUCCACGAGGAGCUUGUCUUUGAAUGCGAUACAAUCGUUGUGUCAAGUGACAAGUAUCAAAACCAACAGCGAGAAUGAGGAACCGGUGUACGCCAUAGUGUCAAAAGCUCAGCCAAAAUCAACUUCCCCCACAGACCCUCACACACACUGGCAAAACCUGAGAAAAGCUAUCCAUCAGUUUGAACCUCCUCAAGACUCUUGCACGGCCGACACUGAUAUUUCGCAGUCUGCUUUCGUGACUCCCCGGGAAGAUGGAGAAUAUGAUGAAACGGUGACCGGACAAGAUUCCACUGACUUGUUGAGUGAUUCUAUCCACCAAUUAGCAAUUAAUGAUGCAUUAAAGAACAUCAGCGCAGAAGCAAUUUACGCAGAUCCACAGGACCUAGAGCCCAUAGCUGAGAGCGACGUCGAUGCUGUUUACGAUGAUCCAGAGGAGGUCAUCAAGAGUAAUCAAAGAGCUCAAGAUGGAGUGGACCACUCAGCCGAGUGUGAUUUCUUCUAUAUCCCUGACACUCUCUCGACCCACGUCAUGGCUGCCCGAUCCAGCCCUAGUCAAAGUUUAGAUGACAUAUCCUCAGAAUAUGACAAUUUGAUGUUAAAGGGAAGGCGAAUGUAAAACAGCAUGAUAUUAUCUUUGAAAUGAUAAAAACAUGGGCGACAUUCACUAAGAAUGAAUUGUGCCGGCGUCGAUAGCAUAAUUUAUUUGCACAAGAUGUUAAACUCAAAGAAUCACAGUAUACAAAUCCAGUCAUGAUGCAAAAAUGCAGAUUGCAAAGUGCAAUUCACCAAGCAGUCUCUCCAAGUAGCAGGCAUACUGUGCAUACUUGGUUACAGCAUGCAUAUGAAUUAUUUAUCAUUUGAAGGAAUAGUUCACCAAAAUUGUCAUGCCAUCCAAGAUGUAAACGACCAAUGCUAAUAUAAACUAGUUGCGCCACUGAUAUUACUAUGAAUCGAGAGUGAAUGCAACACUCAAUAUGGCCGCUCUCAAAGUAAGGAUAUCGAAUGCACGGCAUGUUGCUUGCUUAGUUUGCUCAAACUAUGAUGCAUGUAAGUCUACAUGUCAUAAUAAAAAGGAACUAUGCUUCAAACCACAGCUCUAGACCCGUAGUUCCAACCAGUGUUGGGUGUAAAGUAAGGGAUUACUCAAAUUUUUCUGUAAUUUAAUUACAGUUACUUCUGAUGUAAUUAAACUAAAUACUGUGUGUAAUAUUUGUGUGUGCAAUAGUAGAAUUGACAUCAAAAUUCCAAGUCUAAGUUUAAAAUCCGUGCUUUAAUGUAUAAUUCUCACAUUUGUGUACUUUAAUCAGUUAAUAAUACUACUUUAUGUAGUUUUAUAUUAUUUAUUUGAAUGAAUUAAAAGAGCUGUUUCAUGUCUAUCCUUGAAUCACUAAUAACAACUAAUAACGGUUGAUAUAGGAUAUAGAAAGUAAUUAGCAAUAAGUAAUUAAAUACUUUUUGGAGAGAGUAAUUUGUACAGUAAUCUAAUUACACUAUUGAACAUUUAUUUAGUAACUAGUAGUUAAUUACUUUUUCAGAGUAACUUACCCAACACUGAUUCCAACCACGCAACUUUGCGAUGCUGUUUGCGAUUGAUCGUUGGAACGAUUGUUUCGGGAAACACUUAAAUCGUUGAACUAUGCUGGAACGAGGGAACUUGCGGCUAUAGUUGUCUAACGAUGGUUUUGGGAAAAACAUCCCAGAUCGAUGUGAUGACAUGUUGAUAAAAACUUAUUCAAUUGUAUUCAGCUGAAGAAACAAAGUCAUAUACAUCUGAAAAGGCAUAACGAGAAGUACUUUAUAAGACAAUUUUCAUAUUUGGGUGAACUAUUCCUUUAAAGAACUACUGCAGUCAUGGUCACUAAAAAACGUGCACAUCUUUUUUAAACAAAUCUUUCUGCUUUGUUAAUAAGUUACAAUCUAUAACCCAUCUAAUGUACAUAUAAAUGCACAAUGUACAUACAGGCGCCUGGGGAAUAAAACGCUGAAAUAUUGUGCUCGAAAGUGGCACUGUUUAGUGAAUUCUCCUAUGUGCCAUAUUUUCUUUGAAAAUGACUGAAGAAGCACUCCCGAACUCAUCUUUUAUGGCUUUUACUUCAAUGCCUCUUCCAGGAACUCUUUGAUUGCUAGCUAGAGAAAUGUUGAAGAAAUCUGCUUGGCUGUAAUGAAAGGGUAAUAAUUACAGUCAGUGGUAGAUGCAUUGGCAGUGGAAUGAACUGGAGGGGCUCUUUCCUGUGUAGACUGAUUUAAUUAACAGUGCCGAGGGACGCGGCUUGAAACUUGAUUGGGAUCCCGACCUGCCUGAGAAUGAAGAUGUCACAGCAGCCCAUUCAUCUGCUGUCUGUCACUCUGUCUGCAGAGAUGGACGCCUGCUGUAGCGGACAAAAUGAUGGUGAAGUGUGUUGAGAUUUAAUGUAUUUUAUACUCUACUCAAAAUGUGUGUGUUGCUUAAUCUGAUGAUGAUUAAUAAAGAUAAUUGUAAAUGAUGUAGUUAAAAUAAAAUAAAAUUCUUCUACAUGCAUCAUUUAUGGUGGGGGAUGCUUUUUGCCAAUACCCAUUUUGUUCUUUUUACUU